AUGACUAAUUCAAAAUUCUCAUGUUCUUUGUCUUUAAAUGGUUUAUUACAAAUUUUUCUUUUAGAAUCUCAUACUGACAUUGCACAAUUUUUGACUGAAAUGUUUUCACUUGUAUUUUUUCCUAUAUUUUUUAUAUUACUUUCUUUUCUAAACUCAUGGUUACGUCUAAAAACUUCUCACGAAUCAUUAUCAAAUGAUUCUAUAAAUAUAAACAUAUUUAACGAUAACGAUAUUUGUUCCUUUUCUAAUUCUUCGAAUGAUUGCGGAUAUUUAGGAAUUACCAAAGAACAAUGUGAAUACAGAGGUUGUUGCUGGAGACCUUCAACAGAUCCAAAAGCAAAAUGGUGUUUUUAUAAAAAAGGAAAAGAAUAUACGUGUAGUGUUGAUCCAGCGACUAGAGUAGAUUGUGGUUAUUUGGGUAUUACGAAAAAAGAAUGCGUAAACGCAUUGAAUUGUUGCUGGGACCCAAGAAAAGAUGUCAUAGGAUCGAAAUAUUGUUACUUCAGGAAAAAGCCUUGUGAUGGAUAUAAAGUAAUUAAAUCACAAAAAUCCGAUAGACGAUUAAUUAUUGAUCUAGAGUUGAUAGGCGAAGGUUGUAAUAAUUAUGGGCUUGAUCCAGAAUUUUUAAAGCUUUUGGUUGAGUAUCAAACAAUUGAUCGUUUACGCGUAAAGGUUUUUGACCCUGCGAAUUCAAGAUACGAAAUACCCGAAGAUGUCGUACCGAUUCCGCAAUCUGAAACAAUGAAAAGUGAACCUCUAUAUCACUUUUCUUAUAGCGAUAAUCCAUUCACAUUUUCUAUAACACGUGCAUCAACAGGAGAACAAAUAAUAAAUACAAAAGUCUUAGGAAUGGAUUCUCUUGUAUUUGAAGAACAAUAUAUGGAGAUUACAUUUGAGUUACCCAAUGAUCCUUUUAUAUACGGUCUCGGUGAAAUAGUUCAAACACUUAGAAGAAAUCCAAAGGGAACGUUCCAAACUCUUUGGGCAAAUGCGGCAACACCAUUUUCAGAAAAUGUUUAUGGUGUUCAACCAUUUUAUAUGGAAAUAAGAAAUGGUUCUACUCAUGGUGUGUUUUUAAGGAAUUCAAAUGGCAUGGAUGUAUCGAUCGUUCCCGGGAAUCCGGCUAAAUUAAAUUGGAAAGUAAUUGGUGGAAUAUUUGAUUUUUAUUUCUUUCUUGGACCAACGCCUUCUGAUGUGGUUGCUCAAUAUACAAAAGCGGUUGGAAGACCAGCACUUCCACCAUAUUGGGCUCUAGGUUAUCAUCAAUGUCGUUGGGAAAUGUUUCGUUAUCACCAUAUUCCGUUGGAAACAAUAUGGACAGAUUUAGACUACAUGGAGGGGUUUAAAGAUUUUACUUGGAACCCUCGCAAUUAUCCAAAGAAUGAAGUUAGUCUAUUCAUUAAAAAAUUGCAUGAAAAUAAUCAACAUUAUGUUGUUAUUGUUGAUCCAGGAAUUAAAAUUGAGCCUGGGUACAUACCACAUGAUGAAGGGUUAUCAAAAAAUGUCUUUGUUAAGAAUAUAAAAGGAAAAAAUAUUAUGGGGCUAGUUUGGCCUGGGUUUACAACAUUUCCUGACUGGUUCAAUGAGAAUACGACUACUUAUUGGGAAAAUAUGAUCAAAGAAUGGUUAGAUGAAAUUCAUCUUGAUGGGUUGUGGCUUGAUAUGAAUGAACCAGCAAGUUGGUGUAAAGGAGAAUGCACCAAUUUUGACUUUCAAAAGUUACCAAAUUUCAAGGAAAUCCGGGAAAAAAUAAAUCCUGAAAUCGUUUCUGUUUCUUCAACUCCCAACACUAAAACAAUUCGUAAUCUGAAUAAUCCACCUUAUAGAAUCAACAAUGGUGGUAAUAGAAUGUCAUUGAAUGAACUUACAUUAUCUAUGGACGCUGUUCAUUCAAAUGGAGCAGUUGAGUACGAUGUACACAAUUUAUACGGUCACAUGGAAUCGAAGGUAACAUAUAAAAUUUGGGAAGAAAAAAUUAGGAAAGGAAAGCGACCUUUUCUUAUUACGAGAUCAACCUUUUCUGGAACAGGAAAAUAUGCGGGACAUUGGACAGGUGAUAAUUGGUCAAAGUGGUCAGAUUUAUAUUUGUCAAUACCGGGCAUAUUAAAUUUUCAGGUGAGAUUCCUUACAUUCUUAAAUCAUAAUUCUUUGCAAGAAGAGCCUCAGGAACCUUAUAAUUGGCCCUCAGUUGCCAAAACAUCACGUAAAUAUAUUGGAAUUAGAUAUUCAUUACUUCCUUAUUACUACACCCUUUUCUAUAAAGCGCACGUAAAUGGAUCCCUAGUGCUUCGUCCUCUCUUCAUUGAAUAUCCGCAUCUAAGGUCCGCAUUAAUUGCUGAUAGACAAUUUAUGCUUGGUGACGGUAUCUUGGUUUCUCCCGUGUUACAACAAAAUCAUACUGUAGUUUACUCAGCAUACAUUCCACCCGGAAUUUGGUAUGAUUUUUAUAGGCAAACUGUAAGUUACGAAGUACGAGAUCCUGAAGGAAUUCAUCAAGAUUUGAAUGCACCAUUACACGAAAUGCCAAUACAUAUAAGAGGAGGAAGUAUCAUUCCAAUGACACAACCUAAAAUGACAACUACUGAGAGUCGCAAUAGCAAUUAUCAUAUCCUCGUGGCUUUUGAUUUGGAUGGAAAAGCAAAAGGAAAUUUAUAUUUGGAUGACGGAGAAAGUUUGAAUGUUGAAGUUAAAUAUACUUAUAUUAUUUAUGAAGCAUAUAAUUGGAAUGUAUUAAUCGCGAAUGUUAAAUGGGACAAAUAUGAUAAUGGCGUUAUAUUGGAUAAAAUAGUUAUAUUAGGACUUAAAUGUCAAAGUUCUGAUCAAGUCAAAAUUAAAAAUUUAAAAUUAAAUGAUGUUUCAAUUGGUUUAAACAAUUAUGGGAAUGAAAGUAUCAUAUUGAAAUUUGAUGAUAAUACAAGAAAGUUAACUUUAGAAGGAUUAAAAAUUAAAUUGAAUGUUGGAUGGAAUUUGACUUGGGAAAUAUGCAAGAUUUAA